UUACAUUAAACUGAAAAUUCUUAAUGGUGACACUAUGAUUCUAUUUCAUUUCAAUUGCGACUGUCCGCAGGGCGCGGCGGGGGCGGGCGUGUUCGAGCUGCAGGUGCUGGAGUUCUCCAACUACCGGCUGCAGCUGGCGUCGGGCGCGUGCUGCGCGGGCGCGGCCGCGCGCGCCGCGUGCGCGCAGCCGUGCCGCACGCGCUUUGCGCUGUGCCUCAAGGAGUACCAGUCGGCCGCCGCGCCCGGCGCCUGCUCCUUCGGCCGCGCCGCCUCGCCCGUGCUGGGCACCGACUCGUUCACGCUGGCCGCGCCGUUGCACACGCUGGCGCUGCCCUUCUCCUUUCGCUGGACCCGAUCGUUCACACUAAUCCUGCAAGCCUACGACGACUAUAACUACACGGAGCCAGAGAGCGGGCUGAUCGAGGAGGCGUGGUGGUCGGGCAUCGUAGAGCCGGGCGCGGAGUGGCACGCGCUGCGGCACGCGGGCGCGGCCGCGUCCGUGGCGUACCGCGUGCGUGUCACGUGCCAGCCCAACUACUACAACGCCACGUGCACCACGUUCUGCCGCGCGCGCGACGACAAGUUCGGCCACUACGCCUGCAGCGCGCAGGGCGGCAAGCGCUGCCUGCCCGGCUGGCAGGGCGACAACUGCGAGAAGCCGGUGUGCAAGGAGGGCUGCCACGCGACACACGGCCGCUGCGACCGCCCCGGCGAGUGCCUGUGCCGGCCCGGCUGGCGCGGCGAGCUCUGCGCCCAGUGCCAGCCCUACCCUGGCUGCAAGCACGGCUACUGCAACGGCUCCUCCUGGGACUGCACGUGCGACACCAACUGGGGCGGCAUCCUGUGCGACCAGGACCUCAACUACUGCGGCACGCACGAGCCCUGCCAGAACGGUGGCACGUGCGAGAACACGGCACCCGACCAGUACCUGUGCUCGUGUGCCGAGGGUUUCUCGGGCGUGGACUGCGAGCGUGUGGACAACCCCUGCGCGCCGCAGCCAUGUGCGCACGGCGCCUGCGCUCUGGCCACCGCGCCCGGCGCCGGCUUUACGUGCGCGUGCGAGCGCGGCUGGGCCGGCGCACGAUGCGACGUAGACGACGACGACUGCGCCAGCGCGCCAUGCCGCAACGGCGCCACGUGCCGCGACCGCCUUGCCGCCUUCCAGUGCGACUGCGCCGCUGGCUGGCGCGGGCCCACGUGCGUCGAAGACGUGGACGAGUGCGCGGCGGCGCCCGGCCCGUGCGUCAACGCGGCCGCCUGCAACAACACGGCGGGCGGCUACGCCUGCGUCUGCCUGGCGGGCUGGACGGGCCGCGACUGCGAGCUCAACGUGGACGACUGCGCAGGCCAGUGCCUGCACGGCGCCACGUGCAUCGACCUGGUGGACGACUUCCACUGUGCCUGCGCAGCCGGUUACGCGGGCCGCACGUGCGCGCGCGACGUUGACGACUGCGCCUCGCACCCGUGCCGCCACGGCGGCGAGUGCGUGGACCUGCUGGACGCCUACCGCUGCAUCUGCCCCGUGGGCUUCGAAGGCGCCGACUGCGAGGAUGACCGCGACCACUGCGCCGGCGCGCCGUGCGGCAAUGGCGCGCCCUGCUACACGGCGCAGAGCGACUACUACUGCCAUUGCGCGCCCGGCUGGGCUGGCAAGAACUGCACUCAGCGUGCCAGCAGAGAGCAGCUGGACGAGUGCUCACCCAACCCUUGCGUCAACAACGGCACCUGCGUCGCCACGCCCGCCGGCUUCUCCUGCAUCUGCCCCGAAGGCUGGACCGGCGAGGCGUGCGCGGCGCGCGACGAGGAGGCGUGUGAGCCGCCGUGCGUCAAUGGCGGCAGCUGUGUGCGCGACGGGCCACGCGCGCACUGCGCCUGCGCGCCCGGCUGGGCGGGCGCCGCGUGCGAUGCGGCCGCGCAGGCGCCGGCGUGCGCGUGUCAGCAUGGCGGUUCGUGCGUGGGCGCCGCGUGCGCGUGCCGCGCGGGUUGGGAAGGCGCGCAGUGCGAGCGGGCGGCGCCGGGAUGCGCGUCGGCGCCGUGCCGCAACGGCGCGCGGUGCGUGGGCGGUGCGGGCUGGUGGGCGUGCGAGUGCGCGCCGGGUUGGGCGGGCGCCAGCUGCAGUGAGCCAGCCUGCGAUCCGCCGUGCCCCGCGCCGGCCGCGUGCCAGGCGGCGCCGGGCGGCGCGCCGCGCUGCGAGUGCCCCGCACCACCGGGCCGCGCCUCACGCCGCUGCCUGGAGCUGCUGGCCGGGCUCGGCGCGGAGAGCGGUGCGGCGCCCGAGCCCGACGCCACCGAGCGUGCCGAGCCGGCCGAGGCGCCGGGCGCGUGCGGCGCACACAACGGCACGUGGUGGUGGGGCUGCAACGCGUGCCGCUGCGCCGCGGGCGCGCCCGCUUGCACACGUCUGUGGUGCGGCCUGCCCGAUUGCCUUGCGCCGCAGGCGCUGCCGUGCCGCGCCGACGAGGUGUGCGUCCCCGCCGCGCCCGCGUUGUGCCUGCGCGCGCCGUGCGCCGCGCUGGGCGAGUGCCGGCGCGUGGCGGGGCGGCGCGUGGAGGCGCCGGCGCUGCGCGCGCCCGCUGCAUGCUGGCCGGGCGGCGCGGCGCCGGGCCCGGGCUGCGCGCGCGCGCGGCUGCGGCUGGCGCGCGAGCGGUUGGCGCCCGGCGCCCACGUGGAGCGCGCGUGCGCGGCGCUGCGGCGCGCGCUGGCGGCGGCGCUGGCGGGCGCGCCGCCCGCGCCGCUGUCUCUGCUGUGCGACGCCGCGCCCGACGACGACGCGCUCGACCUCGCGCUGUGGGCCGGCGACGAGGACGACAGUGCCGCCGCGCUGGCGGGCGCCGUCCGCGCGCUGGGCGAGCUGGUGGCGCGGCGCCGCCUGGCGCAGCACCCGCUGCUGGGCGCCGCGCUGCGCUUGCGCGUGCUACCCGCCGCGGAGCCCGCGCCCGCCACGCCCGGCGCCGCGGGCGGGGCGGGCGCGCUGCUAGCGCUGGCGGCCGGCGCGCCGUUGCUGUUGCUGGGUGCGGGUGCAGGCGCGCUGCUGCUGCGCCGCCGCCGCCGCGCCGCCGCGCGCGCACGCCGCAGCCGCGACGAGGAGAAGUCCAACAACCUGCAGAACGAGGAGAACCUGCGGCGGUACGCCAACCCGCUACGCGCCGACGAGCCGCUGCGCGCGCACUCGCUGUACAAGGCGCAGAACGCGGACGCGCGCAACCUGACGCCGCGCGACGAGCCCGCCAAGCGCGCACCGCCCGCGCCCGCCGCGCGCCACCCGCCGCCCGAGCGCCUCACCGUGCUGGUGUAGCCAGCCCGCCGCCGGCGCCUCACCGUGCUAGUGUGCGGGUUUAUUUAUUGUGUUUAGAAUGCUCGUGUCUUGUAAAUAUGUAUUUUUGUAAAUAGUGUUAAAAAAGUGAUCUAACUGAGAGUUAAUAGUUUUAUAUGUCAUAUUGAGAGAUUGGUGGAUACGAUUUUAUAUUUUGUAA